GUCUGGAGAGAGUGAAAGUCUUGACAGUGACAUUGUUGGCUGAUCUGCUGAGGACACAGAGUCCACUACUUGAGUCAGUAUGAAUGGUCCCUUAAGUCCCAGGCGGGAACCAGGACCUGACCUCUCCUGUCUGCACCUGUACAACGAGUGGUUGGCAUGUAGGCAUGAGUCCAGUCUCCUGCCCAUGAAAGAAGAUCUGGCCAUCUGGCUAAACAGGAUCCUUGGUUUGGAUAUAACAGUGGAUAACUUCAUGGACAGACUAGACACUGGUGUUGUCUUGUGUCAGCUUGCAGAAGCGCUACAGGAGAAAAUGAUUAUGGCCAGCAUUGGCAAGCCCUUUAUUCGGCGCGUGGUUCGCUGGCGGCCUGAUGCAGCCUCUGGAUCGUUCUUUGCUCGGGACAAUACAGCUAACUUUCUGUUCUGGUGCCGUAAAAUUGGGGUGGAGCCAUCAAAUCUGUUUGAGUCUGAAGAUCUUGUUCUUCAGAGGCAUCCGAGGGAUGUGUGCUUGUGUCUCAUGCAACUUGGCAGAAUUGCUUCAAGGUAUGGCGUUGAGCCGCCUGCGUUGGUCAAGCUUGAGAGAGAGAUUGAGAAAGAGGAAGAUGAGUCUCUGUCACCAUCCAUGUUCUUUGCCUCACCUCUACCGUCUCCCUCCACCCCACCAGUUUUUUUCCCUCCUGAUCUAGAGCCCCCUGCAAUCUCAACCCCCUCAUUCAUCUCUCCUCCUUCCCCUCCUCUGGCCUCUACCCCUCCCCCAGAGUCCACGUCCAUCUUCUCUGACUCAAACACCCAGUCAGAACCUCAGCAAACUUUACCAACUACACCAUCACCCACCAGAACACCCGUCAAAUCAAAGCCACCCUCUCCGACAAACGGCCUUGCAAAGACUAAUGGGAAAAAGAGCAGCGGUAACCUGCUGGAUGAGAUUGUGAGGGAGAUAUCAGAGGAUCCACCAUGCAAAUGUCCAGUCAAAUACUGCAUUGAGAAGCAGCCAAAAGGCCAUUAUCGUGUCGGAGACAAAGUUCUCUAUGUCAGGAUGUUGAAUGAUAAACAUGCCAUGGUGCGUGUUGGUGGUGGAUGGGAGACCUUUGGUACUUACUUAUUAAAGCAUGACCCGUGCAGGAUGACCAUGAUCGCCCGGCCUGGAACCAAAACCUGCAAGCCUAGCGGCAGGUCCCCAGUCAAGAGAGAGCUGUCCCGGGACAGUUAUAUGGUCGUGGGUACUCACUCCCGCUUUAAGAAGUGAUGUGACCUCAGUUAAAUCAACAGCAGGCUGAUUUAGUUUUUCUAGGAGGGAAGCAGCCCAGGUGGCUUGAUCUUAUAUUUUAGGGCAGUGGUCCUGAGCCUUUUUGGUCAUCAUGACUCACAAAUGUGUCACAGGUAUGUUCUGAUAGAAUCACAGACAGCUUAUCAACUAUUCAGAUGAUGCAAUAUAUUCAGCCCAAGGUAUGCCAAUGUUGCUUAUU